UUUUCCAACACUUUACAAACAUUCUUCACUUCACUUACAACAUUACACAAUUCUGGAUACAGUUAGCUGCCGUCAAUUGUCAAUAAUUUUCACAGAAACAUAUUCGUGCGCACGAAUUAUAGUCAGUUCGGUAAAGGCAGCAUUAAAAGGCAUACAUAUCAGAUAUUGUAUAGAGAUGAUUUCCGAUAAUUCUCCGCUCAGCAGUGAACACUCCGAGGAAGAUUCAUUGCCAUCCAAUUACCAUUGGCUACGUUUCAAAUGGAUGUUUUGGAAAAAUUGCUGCAUGCAUUGGAAUACGCGUUGGGAAUUUCUAUUCGCCGUACUUAUGCCCAGCAUCUGCAGUCUUAUCGCGGUCAUAUUGCGCAUUAACAUACCCGCCCAGCAGCUCACAACGCAGACGUAUAUAGAUACGAAUAUUCAGGCAGCGUGGAAGCACAUACUUGAAGAAGUUAGAGAUCGUAAUGCUAUUCUUAAAGAAAAUUAUGACAGUUCACCACAUAGUCCAUAUGUACCACAAGUUGUCAUGGCCUAUGCGCCCAAUUUGCAAGCAAUUAACAAUAUUAUGGACCUCACAUUUCACAAUUUCGAGUUAAAUGAUGAAUUUAUCACUUUUGAAACAUGCGCUGAACUCCGCGAAAAAAUGAAGACGGAACACUACUUUGCUGGCGUUUGUUUCAAUGAGGCUGUCUUUAAUGUGGAAUCUGAAUCCAUAUACAAAAUCGGUAUAUAUCCGAAUCGUUUGGAUUAUAGCAUUAUCUUCCCCAGCGAAUUGCGUUUAUAUGAAGAAUAUAUUGGCGAAACUUGGGACACCAGAUAUUUAUUUCCGAAUUUAGGACAACAGGAACGUAAAGGUGCACCCAUUCAUUAUAUAUCCGAAGGCUUCAUCAUGAUACAAAAGACUAUCUCUGAGGCGUAUAUAAAUUUAACUUGUAACGACUCACUGAAAGACGCGAUUGUAUUACGUCGAUUUCCCAGUGCCGAACGUUAUUAUGAUCCACUAUCGGAGAUGUUGGAGAUGCGUUACUCGUUAUUGGUGUCUAUGGCGUAUAUAACCACCAUAUUGUAUCUGCUAAGAAUUUUGGUAAUUGAGCAAGAUAUCGGUUUAAAUGAUUUGCUCGCCACUCUGGAUGUGACUUAUUUCCUGCAGUUCUACAGCUGGUUUACAUUCUCACUGAUUUCAUUAUCCAUUGGUUCCGUGAUCAUGAUACUCAUAUUAAAGAUUCCUUGGAACAGCGGCUUCGGUGUAUUCAACAGAUCUUCUACCACAUGCUUAUUCGCACUCUUCACCGCCUACAAUAUAAAUACGCUGAGCUACUGCUAUAUGAUAUCGAGAGUAAUACACAAUCGUGAUAUGGCCAUUUGCGCAGCGCCCAUUUUCUGGAUCGUCCUGUAUUUACCAUUCUCCAUCGGAAUCGAUUUAUUCCCACAUUAUCAUUCGUAUGUUUGUUUGUUCGGAAAUACGGCACUUGCGCUGGCAUUACAGCAUAUAUUUCAACUGCAAUACCAUGAAGGCCUGAGUUGGAGUAAUUUCUUUAGAUCACAUUGGUCCAAUCCGCACUAUAGUGUCGGCAGCUAUGGUCUACUAAUUUGCGCCACAAGCAUAAUCCAAUCAUUGAUUGGUAUAUGUGCACCGGUUAUUGGGCGCACGUUCCUCAAAUUGACGGCAGAACUUAAUCCGCGUAAGAAGGAGCGCGUUCGUAUUAGUUCGGAAAAUAAUCGUUAUUCGAAAACCAUAAUUUUAGAGGUUCGUGCGAAUUUCAAACCACCAGCUGUCGAAGUAUUGGGUCUAACUGUGCAGACGGGUGGUAAAUUUGUGCUGGAUGAAGUUUCGUUUCGGUUGUAUGAGGACGAAAUCACGAUGUUGAUGGGUCAUAACGGUAGCGGCAAAACGACAUUACUUAAAGUUAUGGCCGGCCUUAAGCGGCCCACUUCGGGUAAAAUAGUCAUUAAAGAAGGCACUUUGACUGGAGAUAUUGGAAACGCGCGCGAUUUUGUUGGUGUCUGCUUCACCGAUACGCUGCUCUUUCGUAAUUUGUAUGUUGUACAUCAACUCUUGUUAUUUGGCCGUUUGAAGGGUCUCAAUUCGAACGAUGUCAAAAAAGAGACAAAUAAAUAUUUAGACGCAUUAGAGCUUGAUAAACAUCGCUACACGCUCACCGAACGUCUAACGUGUGGCCAAAGAACAAAGUUGGCGGUUGCGUGUGCGCUCAUCGGUGGCAGUAAGUUCGUGCUGCUGGACGACAUUGUGCUCAAAUUGGAUGUGCGCGAUUAUAAACUUAUUUGGAAGUUAUUGGAACGUGAGAAGUUCGGACGCGUCGUAGUCGUAUCGACGAACUUGAGUCGUGAACCGGAACUGCAUGCCGAUAAUAUUAUUAUGAUCGCACAAGGACGCUUGAAAUGUGCCGGCACUGCGCAGUUUCUGAAGUCCAUGUAUUGCUUUGGCUGUCAUUUGCUCAUAUCGAAAUCGGAGACCUGUAAGUCUGAAGCUAUAACAGAGCUACUAAGCAAUUUCAUACCAGAUAUUAUAGUAGCCUGUGAUCUGAUAUUGGAAUUGUCGUAUCACAUUGAAUCCACCAAUGUGGAAAUACUCGAGUCCAUACUCAAUGCACUGGAAAUGGAUAAAGAUAAGCUGGGCAUUAUAAAUAUAACGAUAAUUGAAGCGCGUAUUGAAGAACUCUUUUGUAAAUUAGGCGCUGAGCGACCCGCCUAUAAUGAUCGCAAACGUUACUUGAGAAUCUUCAAUGGUCUGAGUAUAACUGAUGAUACAAGCGACGACAUCUUAUUUAUGAAUACGCAAAUGGGUCACAAUCUGGGUACAGUGCAACGUUUCAUUAAUCACUGGAAAGCAAUGUUCUAUAAGUUUACGCUUGUACAAAAGGCAUAUAUAAAGUACUUACCGAUGUUCUUGAUUAUGCCAUUGUUUAGCAUCAUACUGUGUAUAAUUGGUAUAGUGCCGGUCGUGGAGCUUCUGCCAGCUAGAGGUUCUGAUAUUACCGAUUACAAAGAUGUCAUAACAGUAAUUAACUAUCCACAUAAAUCCAAUGAGGAGAUGGUUGCAUUUGCCGACACAUUCUACAAGUAUAUGUAUUGGCGGAAUAGUAAUGUUAAAGUCAUAUACCUCAAAAAUCAACUCAUAACCGAAUAUAUAUUGGCGAAACAGCGACAACAAACCUAUAAUUAUUUGGAUGAAAAGCUAAUACUCGGAUUGUCUAUACCACGUCAAGUGGUGGGCUGGUUCAAUGGCUAUUUGCCGGGUGUGCCACCGCUCGUUUUGAACCUGAUACACAAUGCUUUUCUCUGGCGUCUACUGAAUACGACUAAUGCCAAGAUCAACGUUACGCUCGAGUUGUUACCCAUAGAGAAUGACAUUGAUAUUCGAGAAAUAUCCAAUAUGACAUUCAAUAUGGGCAGCAUAAUGGCUUUGCAGUUAUCGUUUAUCAUAUGCUAUCUGUUGGCCGCAAGCAUAAUUCAUUUGGUCUCGGAACGCACAAGUGGUUUUGAGGCGCUGCUGCGUUUGGCCGGAUUGAAUGGUUUCAAUUUUUGGAUGAGCCUGUUCUUCUUUGACUUAUUCAAAUCAUUUAUGGUUAUAGCAGGCUUCACUAUCUUGACGUGGUUGAUAUUAACCUCGGAUUAUAUAACGCCGGAUGUCUUACGCUCGGCCUUUUACUUACUACUAUCGACGAGCGCUGCCUUAACUACGACUAACUAUUUACUCAGCUCUUUCUUCUUCAAGAGUAGCUAUGGCGCAUACUUGAAAGUUUCGGCAUUUCAAGCACUCGGCGCAAUCUUCUAUGUAUUAUUUUCCAGAAGUUUCAAAAACUAUAUCCACACUAUAAUGUUCAUACCACGCCUAUUUCCAUUGUAUUCAUUCUGCAGAGGCAUUGAGGAUCUAUACGAUUAUAAUCUUCAGAUACAAUUGUGCAAAGAUGAGGAUAUCAAAUUUGUAUCCAUGUCUUUCGAGCAUUGUCAACUGGCACCUAAUUGCUGUGUAUUACCUAUACUUUCGGUCAAGGAGGAUAUGCUAUACUUAUGGGCAAUUAUCGGUGUGGGUGCGCUCGGCAUAGUAAUUUACGAAUACCGCGAUUUCUUUAAACAUGUCAUACCAUUUGACAAUUACGAUCGUGCGUUGGAGGAAUACAAACGACGACACGCUACUGACUCUCACGAGGUGGACAGUGUCACAGCCGAAGAUAUACAAGUGCAGUCAUUGAAACCGCGUAUGCGUCACUAUUAUACCGUAAUUUGUGAAAAUCUAGGUUUAUUUCGGAAGGCAGAAAUUUUGGUGGAUCGUCUAUCUUUCACUAUAAAACCCGGCGAAAAGUUUGGCAUCAUCGGCACCAACUGUAAUUAUACGAAUGCAUUGUUAAGACUCAUCGCUGGUCAGGAUACGCCCAGUUUUGGACGUGUCUGCAUCAAUAGCGUACAAAUGACGGAAGAACGCAAGAAAGCACUCGCUAAUAUCGGUUAUGUGCCCACCAUUAGUUGCGUACAGCCGCAGAUGACUUGCCGUCAGGUUUUGAGAAUGUUUUGUUUGCUAUACGGUUAUCCACGGCACCAAAUCAAUGCUAUCGUCGAUGAUUUCUCCAAUCAUUUCGGUCUGGGCUCACACUUUCAUACACGUCUGUCCAAAUGUAGCUCGGGUAUAAAGGAGCGAAUCUCCUAUUCCAUAGCAAUCUUAAAGAAACCCUCGCUCAUGUGUAUCGGUAAUUUUAGUUGGAGCGUCGAUCCGCAUGGCAGACGUCAGUUGUAUCGAUUGAUCGAUGGCUUGCGUAAACGUGGCACCGCUAUAGCCAUUACAUCCGUUAUGAACUCAUAUACCGAGAUACUUUGUACGAAGAUAGCGGUCAUGCAUGAGGGACGCUUUCUACAUAUUGGCCAACCAGAAAAAAUAGCAACGGAUUUAGCUGCCGGUUACUCCAUUUCGAUGCGUAUGAAGAAAACUAUACAAACACCGCAGGGCGUUACAUCGAAGGUGUACUUCCGCUUAACGGCUUUUAUGGAGAAAACAUUUCCCACCUCCAAAUUGAUUCAAGAAGGCACGAUUAUGAAGUUCUAUAUACCCUAUCAGAGCACCAAAUUGGGCACUUUAUUUAAGACUUUGCGAGUCAACUCAUUUCAGCUGAAUAUCGAUUGUCUUACAGUCACCAGAAUCAAUAUGAAUUAUAUAUUCGAAAUAAUUGAGGAGGAAUCGCGAAAAUCUAAGAGCGCAUAAUCCUAAAAUUGUUGCUACAUAUAUUAGCUAUACAUUGCAUUUAAUAUUUGUGACUUGUUUUUCUCGCUUUACUUUUAUUCUAAUGAAUUGUGCUUCAAUGAACUUUUUAUGCAAUGAAUAGCAAAUAUAAUUUCCGUUUUCAGUUUAAAAAGUGUUUUCUU